AUGCAUGGCAGGGCACGGACCCUCAGGAUUUGCGGCGCUCUCCACACGUCACUCGUCCUAUUAUUAUCAUCCUUAUCCCCCGACCAUCCGCAGAUUGGCAGUUUGGACGCCCGACGACACCUCCUGUCCACCUCGACGGUCGCGCGUCGUGGCGCUACCAUGGCCGCCUCGCCCAAGCUGUUCCCCAGCCCGGAAGCCAGGAGCCACAAUGCCGCCAACCGAUGGACAACCCGUAUAAUUCCCAUUUUCCUCCUCGCGGUCAUCGGCUUCGCUUGCUGGGCCCUCACCAAACCUAUCUGCAUUGACUUCUUUAUUGCUCGAAACCAACUCGGCAGCGCAAUCGUCCUUCUCGUCCUUCACUACAUCUUCCUAAUAUUAAUGCUCGUAUGCUAUGCCCGUACGCUAUACGCUGUUACAUACAACGCGGGCGUUGUGCCCCUCGAACCGAAGCUUGGCCUCGAGUCCUUCUACACCCGCGAUUUCUACACCUGCCGGAGCGACGGCCUCCCAAUAUGGUGCUCCGACUGCCAGAACUGGAAGCCUGAUCGAGCCCACCACUCUGGCGAGAUCCAGCGGUGUGUCCAGAAGAUGGACCAUUACUGUCCUUGGGCAGGGGGAAUGAUCGGAGAGACAGCUUUCUUUGGCUUGUUCUCAUUCACCAUGGCCGCCAUGUCACACGGCUAUGCCCUAAGCAACAUCACAAACAUCGAAAACCUGAGUCGGAGGACCAAGGUUCACCAGCUCGCCAUCCGGAUCCCGCUCAACCAGACGCCGAAUUCUGACAAUAGCGCCAUGCCGAGUGACUAUGAGACCAUAACUUUCCCACUGGCAAAUCCUAAUUUCGACGGGAAUCAAUUCAUAUACGAGAACCAGAACGGCGCCAACAGAGCCAGCCAGCAUGCCCCGGAGCACAAGUUUGCUAUCGUGAAGACCGAGGUGGGCGAGAAUCCGUGGGACAUGGGGAGCUACUACCAGAACUGGAAGUCCGUGAUGGGGGACAAAGGCGUUUUCGACUGGCUUCUACCUCUUCGGCUCUCUCCCUGUUGCAACUACAACGGCGAAUACCCCACGGGCCCGGUGGUGGAUAGACUGCGUGAAAGUUUGAAGAAAUGA